AUGGGGCAACUGACGAAGGACCAGGUCACCUGGAGGUACAGUUUCUGUGGACUGAAAGGCACUUGCUCAAGCAGAAAGUGUGUACAGUUGUUUCUUCAAGGCAUAGUGGGGGAUCAUACCUUAAUGAAGUAGAGUUGAUGAACGGUUGUAUAGCCAAGGCUCACGGAAACCUCUUUAUUCCUUCAACCUUAGCUGGAAGUAAUUUCGACAGCAAUGGCCUAAGUGCGAAGAAAUUAAACAAGAAUAUGGAUAUUGCAACUGACGUAUACAUUGAUCGGGUUGAUGGAGCACCGUGCUUUGGAACCACAUUAAAACUGCAUAGUGGGGGCAAAAAU